GGCAGAUGGCAGACCGUCGGUUGUGGAUCAAACCCUGACUAAUUCUUGCUUCUCCGAACGGGCAACUAUUUCUCUUACAAUUUACUUUCAUUGACAUUGUUAACAGAACACCAUGACUAUUAUUCCAGAUGUCUCCCGCCUGGCCUUGAAUGAUCCAGGUCCCGAGAUGCACCAGACAGAAAUUCCAGACGACAUCAACCACGCGCCUGACCGCUACAUGCAGAAACUCAAGCUUUAUGCGACUUCCCUCCCAUAUGCAAUUGAAUCAAAUGCACGGAUGCAGGACAUGUUGGAUUUUAUCCUAAGGCGUAUAGCCCAAUGCGUAGAGGCAAAGGACUUCGAACCGGGUCUUGUUCAGUGGGACAGCAUGAUCACUUACUGGAACAUGCUCAAGUACCCAUUUCCAAAGGAGAAGCGCAUUCGCCUUGCGAAGCUGUAUUUUCAUAUCGCAACGACCCCUGGUAUGCCCACGCAAGUCAUGGCCGUCUGCGCGGAUGGGUUGUCAAAUUUGACUCGUUCGAAAAAGAAAUUGAGCAUUGACGAUAUGAGACUUCCAUGGAAGCCUAUCUAUAAUAUCCUUCGGGAAGACUUGUUUUUGACUCGACGUCAGUUCGAGUACAGCCAACUUUCGUGGUGUAUGGGCUACAUUGCUGAUCUAUCGAGGAGGUUCUUCCACCCCGCGGCCAUUGAAGAGAUGCUGAGCACUUUCUUGCCAGACUUUAAUGGGACCAACCUAGACAGCGUUCUUUCGUCACAGUACUAUCUUCUGACCUUCUUACCAUUGACACAUCCUCAAUCGUAUCUCCCUAUGUUAUGUCGUUUGUGGGAGUCUAUCAACUCCUACAUGUACGAUGAAAGGAUGUUGCAAUUCCUGUCACGCCUCGCAGAGAUGCAUGUGGACCCAACUAUCAGUGAUCCUGCUCGCAUUUAUGAUAUUCUCGAUGAUGAAAAGUCUGAAGAUGAGGGCAGACCGAAGUGGAAACAAGAUGAUUACCAUGCAGGACAGACGUGGUCUGGCCUUUAUAAGGAAGUUGGAAUAUUCACUGAGCACGAAUGGCAUCUUAUUAUGUGUAAAUGCCUUGCCUCGAUGGCAAUUCCACUGAAGGAUGCUGGGUCGCUCACCACGGGACCUACAGCCGACUCUUCUUCAAGUUUUGAAAUUGGAAGGCUGCCCAAAGCAAAUUGGCGUAUCCCAUCUCUCGCCAAACUUAUCGUGUACUCUAUGGCCCCUGAUGGUGCUUCUGCACCUCCCUCUACUGAGUCUACGCCGUGGUGUACACCGAUGACUUCAGGCGUUAGCACGCCCCAAGUUAGUGGUUCCGUAGGCGAUUAUCUUACAGUGCCACUCCAUAAGUGGGGGCCAUCGAAGCUAUAUCUAGGUGGUUCUAAAGCUCUGGAUUCGCUCGCACGUCUCAUUGCCUCUACGGAACAUUUCUUCCACCCCACCAACUCUGGAAGUUGGACAUCCGAUCUCACUGCCUUCGUCAAGUACAUCGUGUACGAGUUCAACAAACGCUGGCACGAAGAACAACUAUCCGACUGCAAAGUACCUCUGACUCGCCGGCUCACACGAGAGAUGAGAAAAGAACUGGUCAAGUGCCUCCGGACAGUUGUGUUACUUGCCGUUUUCUCCCAGGAUAGUUCCACCGUUUCAAAUGUCCAGAGCGCUCUGAAGUCCAUGUCGUGCAUGGAGCCUGACCUGGUAUUCCAGCCAAUUCUGGAACGAGCUAUUCCUUCGUUAGAGGCUCUCGUUGAGACCCAGCGCACCCUGUCCGUAAUCAAGGCACUGAGCUCUAUUGUUCCUGCAAUCGUUUCCCGAGAUAUUUAUUAUCCAGGCGCUAAGCAUUUGAUCACCAUUCUGCAUCUGCUUGUACCUGGCAUCGAUCUCAAUGACCCAACUAAAACGCUUUGCACGACGACAUUUUUAUCGGAAGUGUCACAGUACAUUAUGUUCGGGGACGUAACAUCCUCCGAGAGUCCAGAGGCUUCUGACGUGGACAUUUCUUCUGGUCAAAUUACUCUAGAUGAUGGCCUGGGGGACACCAUUCAAUUGAAGUUGUCUAACGAAGCUGAAGAUGCGCUUCUCAGAGACAGCACUGGCAGUUUUGCAAGUUGGGUAGCCAGUUUCAUACGUCGCGUUAUCCAGCUACUUGAGAAUCUCCCGGAAGAAGGACCGAAUGGGUCAGCCGGAGGGACUACGGAAGUACAAGUAGUGGAUGCUGUGACUGGUGCAUGCAGUCAAAUCUGUGUCCAUUUAUCCGAUCCACUUUUCGAUCUCGUACUCAACAUGAUUUUCGAUUACGCAAGCACAAAUGUUCGUUCUAAUGCUGUCCGUGCGAUACACCAGUUAGUCGAAUGCAUUGCGAAUGCCCACCCCGAAAAGACACUGUUCAAGUUCUUGCCCUUCUGUGUGGCAAAUAUCCGCACAGAAAUAGAACAUGGUGCAAGCUCAGUGAGGACGACAUCUCCGUCAUUGCCGCUUCCGUCGGAUGCGACUCUGCACUGGAAUCUCGCUAUUCUCCGCGGUUGUGUCUAUAAUGAUGGUUCAGCGCUUCUCGUGUACAAGGGCGAACUCUUGUCGUUAUUAACUCUCCUACGCGACAAAACUCUCUCGAAACGGGGGUACACUUGGAGCGGAAAGUUACUCUCCAGCGCAUUAAUCACACUCACUCAUACUUACCCGAUCGAAAACAAGUUCGUCAACCCCGAACAGUGGAACGAUGAAGAAUUUCAGAGAAACCAUCACUUAUACUGGGGGAAGUUAUUUGAGCCCGGUGAAGUCAAGAUUUCAUGGCAUGUCCCAAGUGCCGAAGAGAUUGACUUUUCGCUUCAACUAUUCCGCGAAUUGGUCGAACCUGCGAUGACUCGCCUUGACUUGUUGCUUGAAACCUCGUCUCGAGACGCCAUUUGGAGGAACGACUUUUGUCGUUAUCUCAGUUUUGUCCGAGAAGCAUUCUCCGGAAUUCCAACGCUCUUCAAGGAGUUCAUAUCACCGGACGUGUUGCAAUCUAUGCUCGCCUCAAGUGAUAUUAUUAAUGAAAUUCCUGAAAUGAUUGCAUCAAUUGAGCCUCUGGCUUCCGGGUUUUGCCUCACAGACCCGCAAGACACCCGAUAUAAAUAUAUUACUAGACUCCGGCGUCGAUUCGGGGAGUUUUUGCACGCAGCAUCCCUGUCUCUGCAAAGACAAGGCGAGGAGAACACAGUUGAUGCUGUACAGAUGCUUAUCAGUUCAAUCCGCACUUAUUUACUCGAGUACGGCGACAGCAAGGACAGCUACUAUGUAAACACCGACCAAUACAACUCAGAGAUCGAUGUGGCUCGUCAAUAUUCAGGACAGAAAGUUUGGCCGCGCGCAGUGUUUGUUCGAAGAGCUCGAUUUUAUCAUUCCUCUCGACUAUUUUGGAACUCCAUCGAGCGAGCUAGAGGUCCGCUAGAGAACUCCUUGCUGGACGAUGUCGUUGAAUGGUCAAUGUGGCAUUAUCCGUCAGUGAGGCAAUCAAGCCAAUCUCUUCUUGAAUCCCUAACUUCAGUGUACGAUGGUCUUCGUCUUCGAGCUCUUCCGGCACUGUACAAAGCCCUACAGCCUGGUACUGAUGAUGAUCGCAUGAAAGGAGCGUUGUGGACGUUGAACAUAUCAUCGUUUGGGCGAUUUGCGAUAUCUGAACCGACGUUAGUGCCAGAAAUCAUCAAGCAACUCCUUGGGUGCCAUCAUAAUGAGAAGCCUUCUAUCCAAAAUUGUGUGUCUACGGUAACAGAUACAUGUCUGGCCAACUUCUCGGAGCCUUGCUAUCUCAUCUAUGACGUUAAGAAUACCGCUCUCGAUGAAUCCUUACUUGCUCUGAAGAGCUGCUUGUCAUUUAACAAGUCAGAGGAUUCUAUUACUAUCCGGGCCCGUGAGAAGCGCAUCGAGCGUGUAUGUUUGAUGAACGAAGAACAUAAUCGAACAACUCAAGCGGUUCUCGAAAUUGCCAAUGACACUGCAACACAUUGGCGCUAUGCGAUAGUGGCAGUUAGGGUUCUCCGCACUCUGAUGCGCCGCGAUACUCCAACUUCGCCUAGUCACCUUAAUCUUUUCCUGGAGAAAGUAUGUGAUAGCGAUCCUACCAUGCGCUACUAUGCGCAAAGAGGUAUCAUGAAAGCACUGAGAUACAUCAAGCUUCGAUCGUACUGUCGAAAUCCAGCGGCUUUGGCUCUGUUCUCUCAAAUCAACCCGCUACGAUGCAACAUUCCCAUUAAAGGUUCGUAUUCGGCGACCGCUGAGAUACUCACCAAUUUCAAGUUGCGGGUCCCUAUCAGAUCUUCAGGGACUCUCGAUCUCAGCAGUAUAUAUUGCGAUACACUACAUCAAGGCUGGCUCGCCUGGAGUGGUACAUUGGCAGCAUACAAGUCACCUCAUAGGUCGGAGAGCACCUUCGAAUGGGAACCAUCAAGCGCAGAGGCUUUGUCUUGCCUACGUGAAAUAACAGUGGAUGCAGACUUCUGGAAGAAACUUUCCGGACACUUCGCUGAAGAGAACCACGAGAGUACUGUGGUACAAGACCAUAUAUCAUGCGUCAAAUCAAUAUUCCAAGUAUUGGGUGAUGAACCCUGGGACUUGUUGAAGCCCAAACUGGAGAUGUUACUGGCCGACCAAGAUAAGAACAAGCAAAGGGCUGCGGCAGAACUUUUGGCUGGUGUUUUAAACGGUUCUAAACAUUGGCCACAAGAGGCCCAAGAUCAAAUCUGGCAAUGGUUCACUCCCUACAUUAAGAAGACGCUAGAUCAGAGCAUGAAGACAGAGACUGUACCCAUCUGGACUUCAUUUGUCGGGUACAUGUUCCAUCACAAAGAUCCGCGGCGACUCCAACCACUCGUUGAGCAUCUCGUUGAACAAUUCAACAGCAUGGACUACAAUGGACCAUCAUCCCUGGAAUCUGUCAAAGUUCUGGCAUUAUUUCGGGCAUUCUACACUGAAUUAGAAUGGAAAUUCAUAUCUUGGUCGGACAACACCAUGGAACGAUUUUGGCGCGAGGUGCACAGUGAACACGAUGAUGUAAGAUCCCAUGUUGCUGAGAUGAUGGCAUUUUGCAACGGUAUCAAGUGGCAACCCAAGCCUGCGUCUCUCGAUGUCGAAGCUUUCGUACGGGAGUGUCGAGAAAUGACUGAUGAUGCAGAUAUCAUGGGCAUACGUGGUACCUAUCACACAAAUAGAGUCCUCGAACUCGUGGACAACUUCAAAGUGUGGAGAGAGCAGCGGCUACCAGGUGUGAGAGCCUAUCAGUCAACCUAUGACAGAGUUGGGAUCGUUGUUUGCCGAUGGUUGUUCCUGUCAGUCCACAGUACUGAUGCCAUAUCUGCAUUCGACUAUAUUUUGCCUCUUAUGCCUGAACUUUUCCGUUUCACUGAAGUGCAUGAUAACGAGGAGCUAGUAAGGCAUGCUAAUGUACUUCUUGUUCGCAUGUGUGGAGUCGCUCCUCCACGAUCAAUGAUCGGCCCCUUAUUGAAUGCUAUAUUCUCCGCCAUCCAGACGUCACCAUCAUGGAAGGUUCGCUUGAAGGCCCUACCAAUUCUACAGGUUCUGUACUUCCGACAACUUCCUCUGAUUAGCGAAAGCGAAGUCAGUGACAUUCUAGACGUAUUGUGUCGAUGCUUGGACGACGAAGUCGUGGAGGUGCGAGAGAUGGUUGGGACCACCUUGUCGGGAAUACUUCGACUGUCUUCGAGGCGCAGUGUUGUGACUUUGAAGGACCGAUUUGUCAAACUGGCGGGAAAAAUUCAGCUCCCUGAUCGUGUAUCGCCAGUUUACAAUGCUGCUGUCCGUCAGCGGCACGCCGCUAUCAUUGGCAUAUGCGCCCUCAUUGACAGUUUCCCGUACACCAUCGAGAAAUGGAUGCCAGGGCUCUUGACGACAGUGAUGCUGGAACACACACAUGAUCCUAUUCCAAUUUCGACAACUAUCCACAGGUGCGCGAGCAAUUUUAGGAAAACACAUCAAGACACUUGGCACGAAGACUCCCGGCGCUUUACGGAUGAUCAGCUGGCAGCUCUAUCGACGUUACUGACCGGAUCAUCGUAUUAUGCUUGAUCUUUGAGAACCGAAAUUUAUUUUGCAGAUCAUGUCAGAGCAAAUCUCAUUGAUGUUGGAUAUUAUUGAAUCGUAUAGAAAUAGGCUAGCUAGAGAAAGCAAUUCCAAUACUUGAUAUACAAGAAAG